AUGGAAGAGGUUAUUAUAAAAGGACGCCCAGUUAUAAUAUGCCCAGGCUGUCAGAAGACGACGAAGAAAGGAAAUGAAUUUGGGAAAAAAAAAUUGUGUGGAUUUUGUUAUUUUGAAGAGACUUUUCUGAGAAAAAGUGGCAACCAGGAUAUAGAUAAUUUCCUAAGAAAAUUUGCAGAAUGGAAAAGGUAUCCUUUCUUGGAAUUUAUACCUUACGAGGAUUUUUCAAACGGAAAGUUUGCUCGAUUUCCACCGGAAACAGUAGCAUUAAAGGUUCUCAAUGAUUCUCAGGAAAUGGGCUCUGACUUAUUAAAAGAGGAUUCAGAACCUUCAAAUAGACCUGAAAUAGAAGAAAUAGUGAGAAUAAUGAAAGAAUGGAGGAGUAAUUAUCAUCUACAGUUUAAUGAAGCCGAAGAAGAAUGCCAGAAAAUAAUUAAAGAGGGUGCACCAU